UCGACAGUCAAUGGUACAUUAUAAUCAUUUUCAUUGUUACCUCUAAAUGAGAAAAACAUUGGAGAAGAGAUAAAGAAAAAUGAGAAACAGAAAAAAAUCAUAUUAUUUACUUGAUUAUUAAUGUUUCUGAUGUUGUUGUUGAAAGUAAUUUUAAAACUUCAACUGAUUUAGUUAGUUUAUCCAUUUUGUUUAAUUUAUAUUCAAUUCAUUUAUUUUAAAGUCAAAUAAAUAAGUUUAAACAUUAUUUUAUAAUCAUAAUGAAUGAAUGAAUAGUCGACUGAAAAAGCCUAACAUCGAUUGAAUAUUUAUAAACACCAUUUGACAUUUCUGUUCUUUUCAAUGAUGCGUAGCGAUACAUUACGUCUUUAUAAAACAAGACUGUAUAAAUUGAAAACCUUAUCAUCAACCAAAAUUCUUAUAACUAAAAUAUAGCCUUUGCUACAUGUUCAAUAGGGAUAUGUUUCGAUCUUGUAAAUACUUAAAGUAUAAAGAUGUUAUUUGGCGCCCGUGUGAGUAGGAUGUAGAUCACAGUACUUCAUUUACUAACAUCCUCCCAUCAAGAGCCACAUCCACAGCCACCAUCAUGCCGCACAUCCACACCCCACAUUCACCACAUAAUAUCUACUCACUAUGUGGGAAAAAAGUUUAAUAAUUUCAACAACAGUGAGCACAACAUGAAUAAAUUCUUUUUUAUCAUAUCUCGUUUUUUUUCUUUGGAUGACAGUGCAUUUUAUUUUUAUUUUGUUAUCUCUUACUUGUUUGAUGCACAGAAAGUUCGUCAACAUUCUUCAGAUGAAGAAUAAAUAAGUUUUUAAGUGAGAAACUAAACAUACAGACACUGUUAUAGAAAUUGACUAUUACAAAAUGAUUCAACAACAUGAAGAAAUUAGGAUUUGGUUGUGGUUUUGGGUGUUAAUUAGCGAAUAUAUAUACCCACACUCACAUGCACAUCUACGCACAACCACAGUCAUACCCAAAUUGUGCUGUUUUAAUGGAUUUUUUAAUAAAAAAAAUAAUCGAUUGUUAGGUAAUUUAUGGUCAAUGCUUUAUAUGGAUCGUAUCGAGAUUUCAAUUUGAAGUAAGACUAUUUGAAACUGAACUGAGUUUAAUUUUAUCCUAAGUAGUAUGCAUUGAAUAAUUUUCGUUUGUAUUUAGUCAUUAAAUAUAACUGUCGCUUCAACGAUUAGUGGUUUAUUUCAUCGAGAACAAAGUUUUAAACUUCAUCUUUGUCAUUAAAUUGUUAUUCCUACACAAGAUCGUCUGAUUGCUGUAUUUGAAAAUUUGUUAUUAAAAACUACAACAAUGUAUUUAUGUUGUUAUGAAUGAAGGAGAUUGAAUGAUUUGAAACAAAAUUUUAAGUAUUUAUUUGUUUAUUUGGUUCUUAUUAGUUUUUCUUUAUUCUAGCUUUCGUUUUGAAGCUGAUGUUACACGUUUUCUUGAAUCUUUACCAGUUACAAGUCAAAUAUCAGAUAAUGAACUUAUAGAAGAUACAAGAUAA